AUGGCCUUCAACUGGGAUAAAUUUUGCAAGGCGCAGCGCGACAAUCCGAGACCAAAAUUCGCCCUCGAUGCGGUCGGCAAGCUCCUUAAGAAAAGGCCGGACGACCCAUAUCUCCUGACAUGGAAAGCUUCCACUUUGCUCAAAUUUGAUGGUCGCGCAGAUGAGGCCCUGUCCAUAUUGAUCAGUAUCUGUCAACGCCAGCCUCCGAUUACUGACCCCAACCUACUUCCAUUCAUCUAUAACCGUAUCCUGAACGCUUCGCGGCAAUCGGAUCCGAACUGCUUAACUCUAUCCUCGGUCGGUGCAGAAGGUCUGAAAGCAUGGCAAAACGCAGCCAAGGCUCUUCCAAACCGAAAAGCGAAGCUAAAGCUGUGGUCCGACCUGUUCGUUGUUUCUAUGAAAGACGAAUGCUGGGAAGAUGUUCGAUGGGCGACUAUGCAAGCGAACAAGGAGAGUCCCGAAUCCAAAUCCCGGAAAGCCAUAUACUAUUCUUUAAUCCUGGCAAAUCAGCUAGGUGGCGAAAGGAGAGCCGAAAAAGCCAAAGAAGCAGACAAAGUUGAUCCGAGCGCUCAUAUUCAACUAACCAUCGCCCUUAGACAGAUGUCAGAGGCCUAUGGUAAUUCGUCAAAGCCCACGGAUGAUGUUAUUCAGGUCGCGAGCAUGAGUGAUCUGCGUUUCAUGGCUGCAAUUUACGAACGCCAGAAUCGCUGCGCGGAAUUGUUCCAGCUUUGGGAUAAUCCAACUCCCACAGUGCAGAGGAUCAUUGACGGCGCGUCCUGGGAUUUUGCAUUGCUCCGUAUAGAAGUUGCCCAUCGACAGAAUGAAUGGCAGCACGUCGAAACGAUGUGCUAUCGACUCAUCGACAUGAUUUGGCAGUCUGGCAAUCCAAUAACUGGUGAUCCGUCUGCAGUCCAGGCUAAGAUGUUCAAUAUAUGUCUAACGCAGUUGUCCUUGGAGUCUUACCUCGGCUAUCCAACGCUCAGCACCAUCACGCAAUUUUACUUUGAAUGCUUUCGCAAUCCUAGUUGUUUCAAAGAUCUCCACCGCUUCGUGGCUCUCCUGUCAGUUGAAGAACAAAGACAGUUCCAGGCCACAAUCAGCGAGCACGCUCAGACUCUAGGCAAAAAUGUCAGAGGAAGAGAAGAGGGAGCAUCGGAGGAAGACACCAAGAAUAAUAUCCGGGUGUGGCACGAAGCUGAGACGACAGUCUUGAAAUUCGACCUUCUAAUGAUAGUAUCGCUACCUGUAAAGCCUGAUCCGGUGAUUCUUGAAAGUUUCGUCGAAAAUGCGCUUAGGCUUUGGCGUCUCCAACUGGCAGCAGAGGGGACUGAUGCGAUGUGUGGCUCCGACACUUUGUCUGUAGCAGUCGAAGCCCUCAUAUACUUGUUUGAGGCCACCUCACUCUCACAGUAUCUCUACCAAGCCGCAGUACUUGCACGAUACGCUCUGUCGCUUGAUAGACAACAGCACAGUAGGAGCGUUGCUUUACUCUCUACGCGACUUCAUCUGAAACUCGGCUUGGGUACCUUUGCAUUUGAGCAUUACGGCCGCGUACAAAUCAAAGAGAUGCUGCAUGAUAAUGUCGCCUGGAUAGCACUGUCGCGAAUCUCCCAGUCUCAUCCGUUCGGUGCGAGUGGCCCAAGAGGGUUCUCCGCUGACGAUGAGUUGGAGAAGGUUAUUUCGACCCUGUCGCGUAUGGAAAAGAAAAUCGACGAUCUGCUGUACGCGGAUUUGCAGCAUUUCAUGUAUGAUAAGGCUUUCGAUCUCCUCGAGCUCAAACGAAAAUUGCGCACGAGCUUGACAAAGCACUUCUGCAUCAUCGAAAGACGGCGUAUUGCUCGAUUGGCCGGAGCACCUGUGGACCCAACGUUGGAUCUGCCCUUGCGAGACCAUGAAGAUAUAUCGGACAAUUGCCAUUGGGACGCAGUUCCGGGAUUGAAUCACAUAAGGUCAGGUGGAAUCUUAAACACCCACUUUGUGUUGCCUAUAACGGAGUCAUGGGUGCAUAACUUUCGCACACUGAUCGAUGUGGUGAAUGGUAUUGCGUUCAAGGAAGUAUCUUCAGGCCAUAACUCGCAAUGCCAGGGGGCGCCUUCCUAUGUGCCGUUCAUGUCAGAAUACGCCAAGGAAGACGCGCUACCAGCGAACGAAGAGCAGGAUAGCAGAGCUUGCCUGAAUCUAACGGAAUCUGGCCUGAAUAACUCCUACUGGAAGCCGAUCGCCUGUAUACUGAAGACCAUAAUCCCAACAGUUAAGCUUCCUGCUUGGCUGCAAAUGGAGUCGCUCGUAGCAGCAUUUGGACGCAUAUUCAACCAACUGGAGAUUGAUACAGACGAGGUUCGUCGCCAAAUUCAAGAAGCGAACAACGCCGACCUCGACUGCGCACCCAAUCUUACUGAAGAUGCGCUUAAUGCCGUUUAUGGACGCUUGGAAGUGCUACGCAUCCUCGUCCAACUCCUCACCUUCAUGCGACCGAUUUCGAAAGCACGAACGCAUGCGCUCCACAAAGAGAUCACCACUGCCAACUGCGACCAUCUCCAAGAAUCUAUAUCCGAGUUCUGUCGUUUGCACAAAAUUCGUAUAAAAGCGAUCAUUGACCGGCUCAAGAAGAACGGCGUGGCGCACUUUCGGACGCAAUUUCAUUACAGUAAAACAGGAGCGGCGAUAGCUGAGAUGAUAGAUGAUGAGACUCUGGACAUCUACUCCAAAGAGUAUGCUGAUUCGGCCAUUGAGGCAUUGAAUGGCGUGUUGAAGGUACAGCUGGGCUAG